GUUGACAUUGGUUACGUAUGAAAUAAAUAUAGCUCUCUGUUGACAAAGUUUCAUCAACUGUGUUCUUGUUCAGAUGCUUUAAACGUGUCAACGUCUGUAAAGAAAUAAAAAUGGAAAUAGUGUGUGACACUUCUUCGAAAACAACUUCUGAUUCGGAAUACGACUAUACAUGUUCCCCUUGUAAUGACGAAGAACUUAACAAAGAGGCUCAGUAUUUUUGCGGAGAAUGUGCCCAGUUUUACUGCAACGAAUGUGAACAAUGGCACAAGAAGAUACGCAAAAGACACGUCGUUUUGGGACGCGAAGACAGUAGGCAAUGGUUGCAGGCGCCUAUUCAAAGUGUAGUUGAAGAUUUAGAACGAUGCAAAAAGCACCCCAACAAGGCACUAGAGUUGUAUUGUGGCGGCCAUGAUCAACUUUGCUGUCAUCUAUGUGUUGCUAAUAACCACAGCAACUGUUCGGUCGUCAAGCAUAUUCCAGUCUUAGCUAGAGGAUUCCGCGAAACUGAGACGUUUAAAAAACUGCCAUACGAGGUUAAAAACUACGGAACCAGCUCCUGGAGUUUAGAGAGUCACGAGAGAAGAGUAAAGAGAAGCUUGAAAAGUCUCGGGAUAAAGUGCUGGACGAUAGCAAGGUUCUACGUAAAAAAAAUAAUGAAAUUCUGGAUAAAUCGAAGAAAGAACAAUAAAAGAAAUGAACAGAAUCAUGGCGCCGUUAACUACAAAUCUGACUAAAGAUGUUCACAAGUGUUACGAUAUGCGUGAUCGUCUGAAAUAAUUAAUAGAUGAGAUAAAAACAAAGACCAUUAAAAGUGAAUCUCUUUCAUACGUUGGAUUCACAAAAUGUAAGGGCUUAAUGUCCGAGGCGAAAACCGUAUGCAAGAAAAUGAUAACAACCAAGGACUAUGAAUUAGUCUUUCAAACAGGGUCAAACGUAGAAACUACCGUUUCCUCAAUUGACACUUUUGGGGAUAUAUUUGAUGCAAAUCAUGU